UUUAUACACUUUCAUAAUGCUUGUUUCAGUUCCAUGGCCAAUCCCAUAGAUGUACCCACCAACACAAACGCCGUCAAACGCCAAGGAUUAACCCACAACCACCGCACUCAGGAGGUUUCCGAUCUGAUCUCUGGUCUGCCUGACCACAUAGCUCAACUUUGUCUCUCCUUUGUUCAACCUUCUUUGCUUUUCUCUGUAUGCUCUUCAUGGCGCCGGCUUAUAUAUUCCCCUGAUUUCCCUCCUUUCCUUUCUCUCUACACUGUUUUAUCCUCUAACCAAACAGAUCAUAGUGAACACUCUAAUUCAAUUCAGUUCUUUAACUUUGAUCCUAUCUCCUCCAGGUGGGAUUCUCUUCCUCCACCACCACCGGACCCACCUCUUCGCCUCCUUCUCCGCCACCCAUCUUUUAUUUCUCGCCACCUACCAAUUCAACUUGUGUCUGUUUCUGGGAAUCUCGUCCUCCUUGCUGCCACCACUUACAAUUUUUUUCCAGCCCUCUCUCGUCCUCUCAUUUUCAAUCCGGUCUCUCGUACAUGGGCUUUUGGCCCUCCACUCUCCACACCUCGCCGCUGGUGCGCUGCCGGAACUGUCAACGAUACCAUAUAUGUAGCGAGUGGGAUUGGGUCUAAUUUCUCAGCCGAUGUAGCAAAGUCGGUGGAGAAAUGGGACUUCUUGCUCUAUUUAAGCACUAGGAACAAGGGCAACUCUUGGAAAUGGGAGAAGGUGAAAGGAUUGAAAAAUGGAAGAUUUAGCAGAGACGCCAUUGAUGCAGUAGGGUGGAGAGGGAAGCUUUGCAUGGUGAAUGCAAAAGGAGAUGCGGCGAAAGAAGGCUCAGUUUACGACACAGAGAAGGACGCCUGGGAGGACAUGCCGGAGGGUAUGCUUUCUGGAUGGAAAGGUCCGGCGGCAGCCAUGGAUGAGAAGGUAAUGUAUAUGGUGGAUGAAGGCAAGGGUGCCCUGAAAAAAUAUGAUCCUGAGAGAGAUGAUUGGGAGAUUAUAAUGGAGUCGGAGAGACUUGUAGGAGCACAACAGAUUACUGCAGGCGGUGGUAGAGUGUGUGUCGUAUGCGGCAGGAGAAACAGUGGUGGGAUUGUGGUGGUAGAUGUGGUGGCGAUGCCAGUGAAGUUAUGGGUAGUGGAGACACCGCCGGGAUUUGAAGCUGUGACGGUCCAUAUAUUGCCGAGGAUGAGCCAGUUACCUCCUUAGCUUGGAUUCUUGAAAUUUUGAUGUUAAUGACCGUUGGAUUCUUGUUUCAUGGCAAGAUCUGAGGUGACAGAAAAUAAUUUUCAAAAAGUUAAAAUUUAACUUUUCUACAUGAAAAUUACUAUUUAGUUCUUAGCAUGUCAAAUAAUAAAGAUAUUCUUAUUUCAU